AUGUUCUUUAUGCGCGCAGACGAGGCAUCUACACAGCUGCUUCUGGCAUAUUGCUAUGCCAUCUCAGCUCAGAGACAGCAGAACAGUGAUGUCGCGACGGAGCAACGGCAACAGGCGCAGCAAUAUUUUGGACGAGGGACCAACAUCCUAUGGAACCGCCUCCGGAACCCCAGACAUGCCAGCUCUGAUGCUAACAUUCAGGCUGUGCUAUUACUUGUGGUGUAUACCUCUGACUUUGGACAGGCUGACGAAGUGAACAUUCACGCAGAAGCGUUACGUACUAUGGUGGUACAGCGCGGUGGCGUACGGAUGAUCGACAGCACGGUGUUGCGCAGUCAGCUCGAAAACAUCCAGACCUCCCGGAAAUUCCACCUGACGUUCGGGCCGGAUCAUGCAUGCACUGCACCGCGCCGGUUUCCGGACCCCUUCUGGCGAGUAUAA